AUGACUGACAAAGCAUCUCAAGUCGCCGACGACAACAAGCUUUCCGACACCAAGAUAGCACACAAGCCCUUGGCAGAUGGCGUCCAUGACAAUAUAGUCGAUGUGGCCGCGGAGUACUCUGACCAGUACUACCGGAAGCUCCUGUGGAAGAUUGACCUCUUUCUUCUACCGCUGAUGUGGAUAUGCUAUGGCACGCAACAGACCGACAAGACCUCCCUCAGCGUCCAGGCCGUGUUCGGCAUCCGAGAAGAUACUGGCCUUGUGGGUGAACAGUUCAACUGGCUGAGCACCAUCUUCUAUCUCUCUUACAUGGUCUGCGAAGCUCCCGGCAAUUGGCUUAUGCAGAAAUGUCACACGGGCAAAUUCCUAUCCAUCGUCAUGGUCCUCUGGGGCGUUAUUGUGCUCUGCAUCGCCUUUGCCAAAAACUUUGCCCAUCUCAUGAUUCUUCGCGCGUUUCAAGGCGCUUUAGAAUGCACCAUUUCUCCGACCUAUAUGCUAAUUACCGGUGCAUGGUAUACUUCCCAAGAACACACUCUUCGCUCGCUCAUUUGGGGAACAUCCAAUGCUGGCAUGAACAUCCUAGCCGGUCUGAGCAUGUACGGCAUUGGUCUUCAUGCCGAGAAGCACCCAGGUGGCCUUGCUGCGUGGAAAGGUAUCUCUUUCUUACUUGGGGCCCUGACCAUCACCUGUGGGAUCCUUGUCUGGUUUAUCCUGGGAACUCCGCGUGAGGUUCGUUGGUUAAGCGAAGACGAGAAGCGCGCUGCAAUCGCUCGCAUUGUUACAAACCAGACAGGAUCUGAUCGCGAAAAGAGAUCUGAGUUCAAGUGGGAUCAGGUUUGGACCACAUUUAAAGCUCUGUGGCUGGCAGACCCUCAAACUUACUUCUUCUUCUUCGUUACUAUCGUUAACGCACUACCAAACGGUGCCAAUACCACGUUUUCAAAACUGAUUUGGAAGUCCUUUGGAUUUACGCCUUUGGAAACACUGAUCAAGGGGUCAACGCCCUAUUAUUGUGUGAGCAUUUGCUGGUUCUUGAUUGUUGGAUUCGUCACGCUUAAGAAGCCAAAUCUCCGAUUCCUCAUGAUGAUGUUCUCUCUUGUGCCUGCAUUUUCUGGUAUGAUGGCGCUCGCAUUUCUGCCUCAAAAUACUAUGAAGUGGACAAGAUGGGGCAUGUAUAUCCUUCAAGUGUUUGGGUCACUCCCCGGACUCAACAUCUGGGAGAACCGCCGACGGGCAAAGCUCAUUCGGGAACAAGGUAUUUCUGAGGAGGAGAGCGAACGAAUUGGCACAGCGAAUGCGGAAGCCGACAUGACUGACCGUGAGAACAUUCACUUCAAGUACAAGUAUUAA